UACGAAGCAAAAUCUUCGAUGGAAACUCUUCCACCUCUAAGAGACGACGACGAUGAGGAGAACUGCGCAGACGAAGCCAAUAUGCUCCUCAUCGGUGAGAAUGGAGUCGACGACGGUAAGAGUUUCUCUCCUCUGUGCGACGGUGCACCGGAGGUCCAGCAGUACAACAUCCGCUCCGUCGAGUCAACGGUCGUGAUUCGUCAACUGACCUCACAGGGUCUCUCCUUCCAGCUCUGGCCAGCCGCCUCUACUUUCGUCGCGCUGCUCGAUAACUACCGCCUCGACCCCACCACCAGCCCCCUCGCCGCAACACUCUCCUCGCUGAAACCCGCCGGUUCUACCACACCGAUGAACAUUCUCGAGCUCGGAUCCGGAACCGGCGUCGUCGGAAUCGCCGCGGCGAUCACUCUCUCCGCCGACGUCACGGUUACGGAUCUCCCGCACGUCCUCGACAACCUCAGCUUCAACGCGGACGCGAACGCUCGAACCGUCGCGAGAUUCGGCGGCCGAGUCCGCGCGGCGCCGCUUCGCUGGGGAGAGGAUGAUGACGUGGAGGCUCUGGGGCGGAGCCGGAGCGUCGACUUGGUCGUAGCGUCCGACGUGGUGUACCACGACCAUCUGUACGAGCCUCUACUGAAAACGCUGCGUUUAAUGGCGGCGGCGAAGGGGUUAGAGGGGAAGAGGUUGGUGUUUCUGAUGGCUCAUCUGAGGAGGUGGAAGAAAGAGUCUGGGUUUUUUAAGAAAGCGAGGAAGGUGUUUGAUGUUGACGUUAUACACUCUGAUGCUCCUCCGCAGGGUGCAAGAAGCGGCGUUAUGGUUUACCGUUUUGUCGCGAAACAGCCGAAUCAAAAUGGUCGGAUUGUUUCGUGUUAGCAGUUUGCUUAAAUUGUCAGGAUUAGUUGCCUUUUGAUGAUUUUUCUCAAAUGUGUUUAUCAAAAGAUUUCCACAUUCUGAAGCAAAUUGGUUACUCUUUCAAA